AUGCCAGUGUCGAUUAACAAGCGCGGCACAAAGCCCAAGCCCAAUCCCAAGCCCAAGGUUGAGCCCAAGGCCAAGGCCAAGGCCGAGCCGUCGCGCGCCACAUCUCCCCCAGCCCAACUGCAGCUAGACAAGUCGCUCGUCCUCAAGAUCAUCGUGGCCAAGCUCGAGGCGACCAAGACGGCCGACUGGCACGCGCUCUCCGUCAGCCUCGCCGCGAGCGAGGGCAAAACCAAGGGCGGAAAGAAGAAGGCUGCCGCAGGGGAGAUGACCGGGACCCAGAUCCAUUCCAUGUACCAUAACGUCAUCUUCCCUGCGCUCAAGAACGGCCGCGCGCUGUGGGUCGACGAGCCGACCGAGGAUGAGCUCGACAUCCUCUACGACGAGGUGGAGGAAGGCGAGGUGGAGGAAGGCGAGGGUGGCGACGACGUCGAGAUGGAGGAAGGCGAGGACCCCGCGGAGGAGGAAGAGGAGCCCAUGACGAGCGUCACUGGCGACACUGUGGACGACGAGGUCGUGGCGGAGGAGAAGCCGUCCCUCACCCCGGCCCCGGAGGAAGGCGACGCCGACGAGGUCAAGACGGAACAGACCGACGAGGUCAAGACCGAGCACACCGACGACGUCAAGGACGAAGACCGCGACGCGAUCAAGGUCGACGACGACGAGGAGUACUUCGAGGAGAGCCAGGUCAAGGUCCUGCGUCGCACGCGCAUGGUCAAGGCCGAGCCCACCGAGGAGAGCGACCACGACGACGAGGUCGAGGUGGCCGAGGUCAAGCCUGAGGUGGAGACGUCGGACUACACCAAAUCCAAGGCCGAUGACGGCGCCCAGACUAAUACGUGCUCUCGGACGACGAGUCCACCGCCUCGGGCUCGGACUCGGGCGACGAUCUCAAUAUCAAGGACGAGGACGACCUCAACAUCAAGGACGAGGACGAGAACAACAAGACAGCUAAGGGGAAGCGCUGCCGCUGCCACCAAGACCACUGCCACCAAGACCGCCGCCACCAAGGCCUCUGCCACCAACGCCUCUGCCACCAAAGCCGGCGGUACCAAGCGCAAGGCUUCGAGCAGUUUCGAAGGCGCGCCGACGCGUACCAAGAUUAGCCUCAGUUCGCGUAGCAAGCGCUCCGCGACGUUGUGCGAGACGUGCUGGUGCCCCCUGAAGACCGGCGAGGUGACGACGUGCGGGUCUUGUGCCGAGUAG